CUUACAUUUCUUGAAAGUUGAAAUAAAACUUAAAACAUAGAGAAUGUUUGCCCAAUAAUCCUCAAGGUCUUCUGAAGACCAUAUUAUUAUAAUAGUACUCAAAGGGAUUCCGACGAUUUGUCGGUGAAAACAUCCAUUUUAUCAACUGCCAUCUUGAAGUCCCGGUAGAUAACUCUAUCAUGAAAAUCUUAGCUUAUCAAAAUUUGGGGAAAUUGUAGCUUCAUCACCUGAUUCUCCUGAGUAAAAUGCAAUCUCGAAGUCGCCCUCAAUGCAACCUCAAAAACUUUGGCCUAGAUGACUCGCGAAAUAGGUUUCAAAUAGAGCUGGAAUUUGUCCAAUGUCUUGCCAAUCCUAACUAUCUAAAUUUUCUCGCACAGCAAGGUUGGUUUGAAAAGCCGAAUUUCAUAAAGUAUUUGAAGUAUUUACUGUAUUGGAAGGACCCUGCAUACUCAAGGUAUCUCAUUUAUCCGUACUGUCUUCACUUGCUGGAUCUUUUACAACAUGCGGAAUUUCGCUCUGCUCUUGCACGAGGUCAGAUAUGCCGAAUGAUCGAUGAUCAAAUUCUUCUUCACUGGCAGCACUAUAUGCGUAAGCGUGCAGCUCUUAUAGCUAAACACGUUGAAGAAACUAUACAACCCACUUAACUUCACUUCUGAGUUAUGAAAUGUAUUAAGUCGUUCAUAAAUUGACUUUAAUUCCCAAACUUGUGUUUUUCUUUCUGAUGUCUUUUUGUCAUCAUAUCAGGCGUUUACUAAACACCGAGCUCUUUGUUUGAUCUCAUUAUGCUUGAAUAUUUUUACGAAAUAAGAUUGUAUUGACAAAGUAAACCACUGUUAAUUACAAACAUCAUGUAAAUUCAUUUCAGUGUAUUAGCUUUAAUCGAUUUCUGUUAAACUUCUAAUAUUUGAUUCAUUUUGCUCAACUUUAUUAUAUUAGGUCACUUUUCUUGAAAUUGAAUAUAUAUUUGGGUAUUAGGCUCCUAGAUGAAACCUGCAGUUUUACUCUGAAUACUUUGAACUGAUUGUUGGGAUAGUUAGUGUACAUUAUAGGCGCAUUUAGUCCUGGUAUCCAUUGGAGUGCUUAAUAAUUGUACUGUUUACUUGUCUCAAUUCAAACAUAGGACAAUUAUCUAUGCCAAGACCUAAUUGCAUUUCAAAUAAAAUUUGUUUUUAACUUCAGCAAAUAA